UUCUCUCCAUUUGUGAAUUUCAUUCUCUGCAGUCCCGCGGGCGCCGGCGACGACAUCAGACAUGGACAAUCCGAGGGGUCCCCAGCCCGGGCAGGCACGGCCACGGGCGCCGCUGCCGCCAGGAUGGACCGGCGAUUCUGGAUCGCGGCGGGGAUCCGGCCCCGGCGGCUCGUGGAGCAACGACUGGGAGUGGGCCUCGGGGCCUGGAGGCGGCUGGGCCUACGGCCACAGCUCAGAGCAGGGCCCCGGCGGCUCCGCGUUUGGGUUCGGCUACGGCAGCGGCGGUGGUGGUGGAGGCGGAGGGGGGAGCGGGCGCGGAAGCUUCGGCUUCGGCUUCGGUGGGCGCGGCGGCCACGCUGGCCGGUACGGCUGGGGCGGCGGAUACGACUGGGCUGGCGGUCACGCCGGCGGGUACGGAUGGGGCGGCGGGCCCGGCGGCUGGGGAGCAGGUGGUGGGGCGUUUGGGGGCGACCACGGAGGCUGGGGCGCGCGCGCAGGGCUCGGCGGCGGGGCGCAACGGCCACCGCGCGGAGGCCGCGGCAACUGA